GAAAUUGGUUCCAGCAAAACUAAACGCCAAACUGCUGUCACUCUGCGGCUUCCGUAGAUUACACCCAAAUCAAAAUGGCUGCCCCUGUUGACAACGAUUUAAUUGAAAGUGAUUUGCCCAAAGCUGUGCAGCUGUUGCAUACUCUCACAGAACAGGUGGCCUCAGUUACGAGUCAUGUCCGUGAGCUGCUUAAUCAAGUCAAAGAUGGAGCGUUUAAGACCUCAAAGGGUUUGUCUUUCUUGGACCUUCGCUACCACCUGCUGCUCUUCUACCUUCAAGACCUCACUCACCUGAUCAGCAUCAAAACAGAAGGAGGCAAAAUAAAAGACAGUGAAGCCUUGAACAGAGUGGUCACCAUCAGAACGGUGCUGGAGAAGAUGCGACCACUAGACCAAAAGCUCAAGUACCAGAUUGAUAAACUACUGCGCACAGCUGUCACUGGCAGUUUAGCUGAAAAUGAUCCGCUGCAGCUGCGACCUAAUCCUGAGAAUCUCAUCAGCAAAUUGAGUGAAUCUGAGGAGUCCGAAGGCGAAGCUGAGACUAAGACGGAGAAGAAAGCAGCCCACUCUAGUGGCAGGAAAUAUGUACCACCAAAGAUUGCUGCGGUGCAUUAUGACGGCGACAUGACUGAAGCGGACAGGAAGAAGGCUCAGGCAGAGCGUCAGAAGCGGGCGGCCCUCAGAAGCAAUGUCAUCCAGGAGCUGAGGCAGCAGUACAGCGAUGCUCCAGAGGAGAUCAGGGACAGACGAGACUUCCAGAGCGAGCGGGAGAGCCGCGAUGAGCUCCACAGGAAAAAUUAUGAGGAGUCAAUGAUGGUGCGUCUCAACAUGCCCAAACACCAGAAGAACAGCAAAAAGAGAGGCGCGAUGUCCAUGUCUGGCAUGCUGAGCGGUAUCACGCACUUCGGUGACAUCUCGGCACUGACGGGAGGCGAGGGCGGGCAGGAUGGGGAAAAUCGGCCCAAGAAAAAGAAGAAACUGAUGAAGAAGAAGACCAAAAGACGAGCUUUUAAAAAGCACAGAUAGACCUGAAACCUUACGUCCAAAUGAUGACGAGGAUUUCUUACCAGCGGCCAUCAUCGUUUUCUUCAGACACGGAGAUUUUAUUACAAGUAACUGAGUUGUAUUACAAUGAUAAGCUCCCACCACCCGAGCAUGGUUAGGACUUUGUCAUUUAGUUUUUAAAAUAAACAUUUGCUGUUGA